AGCAUUAACUCUCCUUUUGCAGAUGAAUACACGAAGCAACAAGGAAGAACUCGGCCGUAAUUGGCUUAAGGAGGUAAUCAAGCCUGGUCUACAGGCAUCACAGGUAAUAGGAAUCUACAAUGAUGCCUCCAAAAUUUAUGAUCAGUAUACUGUUGAUUGUAAAUACCAAGGGCCGACCAUUAUGGCAGAGGAGGUCGCUCGACUGGUCGCAGAGGAGCUAAGGCAUGAGGUUAGAGUUCUGGACGUUGGCGCUGGUACUGGGUUGUUGGGACGCGAGCUCCACAAGUUAGGCUUUUCGAAUAUCGAUGCUCUGGAGCCCUCAGAAGGAAUGAUGAAUAUUCUUAAGAACACAGGACACUACCGAGUCAAGUAUCAAGAGUUGAUGGUCGUCGGACAACACACAGUUCCUCAGGAUACGUACGAUUUGCUGGUGAUGUGUGGAUCGAUGGCUCCGGGUCACAUUCCAGCUCAAUGUGUGGAAGAUUUUAUCCGUGUUACAAAGCCAGGUGGAUGGGUGGUCCUUCUGAUACGACUGGAGUACCUGUUGACAGCUGAAGACUACAAAGACAAACUGGAGGCUCACAUGAAUCGUUUGCAGAAGGAAAACAUGUGGUGUAAGGAAGUGAGAAAGGUGGUACCAAACUACUGUACUGACCACGAAGGAGUUUUAUUUAUCUAUCGUGUUCUGUAAACAACGAGGGUGAGUAUUCCUGCUACAAUAAGUGCAGGUUACUGAUACAGUCCACAAAAUUGUCCUCAGUACUCCACUCUGUAUGAGAAUAAGAGAUAUAAAGUAUCUUAAAUAUAGAACACUAAUUAUCUGAACUCAGAAAAUAUUCAGAAAAAAAAAACAGAAAUGUGUUUAUUGAAAAAAAAUCUCUUCUGUCCAUUCUAUCACUAAUCAGUAAUUAUAAUGAUCAUUAUACCUUAAUAUCCAGUUAAGUAAUAUACAACUACAAUUAUAAAUAUUCUCUACAUCUGAUAAAACGUGAAUUAAUUAUCAGUAAACCUUAUAAUUUGCAUUUGUAGAGAUAUUUCCAUCACUUAAGAAGGUUGGUCACUAUUCUGUCAGUAGUGCCUUUAUACAUGUACAUGUCAAACACGUACUUGUUUCCAUUACACGUACAUACUGCUCAGUUUUUGAAAUCAAAAUCUAGUGGCUUUUUCCAUGAUAUUUUCUUUGCUAGAUGCCCAACUCUCACACAUAUCUUACUCAUCAAUUAACAAUAGGUAUUACAAUAGGGUAACUUCUCUUACUGGACAGCAUCCCCAAAAAAUGUACACGUAUAUAUAGGAUAAAAUUAUAUUCAUAUUGUUUCUUCCUUGUCAUCUUCAAUCUUCAUGAAUUAGUAUAUAUAAUAAUGGGUUAUGAAUUAUAUUCAGAAGUUUUAUGUUGAUUUUUUACUCAUCAUUGAUGAAUUUAAUAUUAUUAUUAUAAAUGUUCUGACUGGAAUAUGUUAAAAGAAAAAAAAAAACUUAUAUAUGCAAGUAAACUGUAUAAAGGACAUGUAGGUAAUUUACAUAUGUAAGACAAUUAUAAUCACCCAAAAGAACGUAUAACUGUAGUUAUGUACCUAAAUACAAGUACGUACUUA